UAUAGAGAGAGUUGCUUGUAGCUUUGGCCAGACACACACUAGCACAACAAAACCAUCAUUCCACGAGCAGAUCGACAGGACUGGGAGAGCACAAGUUUAGGACCAACCAACGAUGAAGAGCAGCACGCUGGUGGCGAUCCUGGUCCUCCAGACCGUCAUGGUCAUGGGGAUCCUCUCACAGGCCGCCGCCAAAGACAAUUUCCCCAAGUGCUGCGACAACUGCAACUCCUGGUCGGGGUACCAAUUCUGUGAGGACGUCGGCCCCAGGUGCCGCCGCGGCUGCGCCAACUGCCAGGUGGUGCAGAUGAGCCCCGUGAAGACGUUCCGGUGUGGAGAUGGACGCCCCGUCUAUGACGGGCACGACACGCCCACGCCCUGCCCGCCGCCGUGCAAAAAGCACUGAUCGCUCCAGCUCCCUCAGACACUGAUGAGAUCGAUGUUGCGGCCAAAACAUAAAAUAAAAAGGCUCCGAUGAGAUGAGAUGAGCAGAGCCAUGCCCAGCCUUCUCUUUCCUUUGAGAGAUAAUAAUAAUAUAUUUGAUGUUGCUUUUUAAGUAAAUAAAUAAACACGGGUAUCAGUUUA